GCUUCCUCCUCACUGCCAGACUUAAACGUGGUCCCUGCCUCCACCAUCAGGCCAACUUCCUUGCAGCUCAAUCCCGGAAGCUGAUGCUCAUUGGGUCGCUAGCAGCAGAACUGAGCCGAGAUCACACUAUCCUGUUCACGCUCUGUGCUCGGGCGGAGGUGAGUUUCUCCUGCUACUGCCCCACCUUCCUUGCAGAGGAGAUGGCUGUGAUCCUUCACUACUGAACUGUUCGCCCCGGGAUAGAGAGCGCUCUUAUCAGUACACGUUCCCUGCAUUCAGGUAGCAGCUGUAGAGCACUCUGAGAAGACUGAGCCCCAGUGAGAAGCAGCCUAUGAUCAGGGGGCAAUGGCAGCUUCCUGGGUCCUCCUGCACACUGGGCAGAAGAUGCCCCUGAUUGGACUGGGCACCUGGAAGAGUGAGCCUGGCCAGGUAAAAGCAGCUGUGAAGUAUGCCCUGAGUGUAGGCUACCGCCACAUUGACUGUGCUGCUGUCUACGGCAAUGAGACUGAGAUUGGGGAGGCCCUGAAGGAAACUGUGGGGCCCGGCAAGGUGGUCUCUCGGGAGGAGCUGUUUGUAACUUCUAAGCUGUGGAAUACUAAGCACCACCCAGAGGAUGUGGAGCCUGCCCUCCGGAAGACACUGGCUGACCUCCAGCUGGAGUAUUUGGACUUGUACCUGAUACACUGGCCUCAUGCCUUUGAACGAGGGGAUAACCCUUUCCCUAAGAAUGCCGAUGGGACUAUGCGCUAUGACUUCACCCACUACAAGGAGACCUGGAAGGCUCUGGAGGCACUGGUGGCAAAGGGGCUGGUGCGGGCACUGGGCCUGUCCAACUUCAGCAGUCGGCAGAUUGAUGAUGUGCUCAGUGUGGCCUCUGUGCGUCCAGCUGUCCUGCAGAUGGAAUGCCACCCUUACCUGGUUCAGAAUGAGCUGAUUGCCCACUGCCAAGCACGUGGCCUGGAGGUGACUGCUUACAGCCCUCUGGGCUCCUCUGAUCGUGCUUGGCGCGAUCCUGGUGAACCUGUCCUGCUUGAGGAUCCAGUGGUCCUGGCACUAGCUGAAAAGCAUGGUCGGUCCCCAGCACAGAUCUUGCUCAGGUGGCAGAUCCAGCGGAAAGUAAUCUGCAUCCCCAAGAGUGUCACACCUUCCCGUAUCCUUCAGAAUAUCCAGGUUUUUGACUUCACCCUUAGCCCAGAAGAGAUGAAGCAGAUAGAUGCCCUUAAUAAAAACUGGCGACUCAUUGAGCCCAUGGUUACGGUGGAUGGGAAGAAGGUCCCCAGAGAUAGAGGGCACCCUCUGUUCCCCUUUAAUGACCCAUACUGAAACCACAGCUUCCUGGCUUCCUUUCCAGCUCUCCAGCUAGGAGGUCCUGCCAUCCCCAGAGAAGGAGUUAAUAAAGUCAUUGGAGUAUCUACA